CUCCUUCUAUCCAGCCUUCAUACUCUACACUCCAUAAUCUAGUUUGUAUUUGCUUUCAAACUAUGUCAAAUAAUGUAUUUUGGCGUUUACAUCUAUUUUAUAUUUAUUUAAGUUUAUUGGGUUAUAAAAAUCUUUAAGUGGGUUGAACAAGUAUAAAUUCUAUAAAUAUGGCUUCGUCACAUCCUAAUAGGGAUGUUAAAAAAUCAAGUGAUGAACUAUCUGUUAAAGAAAAUUGUGAAGAAAAAUAUGAUAGCGUAUUAAACAAAAUUGUACAACCUCUAAAGGAACAUGAAGAAGAAAUAGAAAAAAAGGACAUAAUAUUAACAUUAGAAAAUAACGUGAGCGUAUAUAGAAGCAACCAUUCUUUGGUAAUAGAAAAACAGGAUAAAGCUUCUGAAGAGGAAAAGAUUUUUGAUAUUGAUAGUAAAUCCAUUUUUGAUGGAAAGUGUCCACCAGAUACGUAUCGUGAGACUUUUGAAUCUAAAUCCUUUGGCAAAUCACAAAUGAUCUUUUAUCUAACUGUAAAGUAUUCUAUACCCGCUUAUGAUGAUGCAGGUCAAAGAAUACCGCACGCAACUUUAGAUGGCGAUAUAAGAAGAGGAACUUACGUUUGUAAAGCUACCAUGAUUCUCACAUUGCAGUUAAUUUUCCUAUUAUCAUUUGCUUUUGCAUGCAUUUGGAUCACACCCUUAGGAGAUUUAAUAAAAAGCACUAUUGAAUUGUUUUGUUCUAUGUGUAUCCUAUCCUUUGUACUGUAUUGUUUGAUUUUAUACUGGGAAAGUAUUAGAAAAAAUUUUCCAUAUAAUUAUAUUAUAUUGAUUAUGUUUACAAUUUCUCCGGCAUUGAUUUUGGGAUUCAUCAAUGCUAAAUUGAAAACUCCUCAAUUAUUAAUAAUAAGUUUAGCUGUAGUUAUAGCAGUGUGUCUUUUAAGCGGUAUGGUAUUAUGUAUAAAUUGUCCUCGAUAUUCUGCUCAAACAAAUCGAAUAAUUACCAUCGUGCAUCUCAUUGUUGGGGUCGUAUUUGGUAUAAUAGCCGGUAUUCAUCACUGGGUCACCGGUGGUUUUUUAUUAAUCUAUAUUUAUUUAUGCAUACUUGUAGUUAUAGACAGUUUCAACAUUCUGCGCUUCGCUCAACUAAUUUAUGGAAUAGGAAGGAGUAAUGCUAUGAAAACUGAUGAACACCUUCUAACUGCUGUUAUACUGUAUACUUAUAUUGAUGCACUUAUAUGUUUUUUACUAAUAAUAAUGAAUGGCCUAUAUGAACAAAAACAGAUUUUUUAAUAAAAUAACCAAUAUUAA